UCUGCGGCGAGGUGGCGGCGGCGGCGGGCUGGCUCGCUCCGGCGGAGCAAUGCCGGCCGCGCGCGUGGAGUACAUCGCGCCCUGGUGGGUGGUGUGGCUGCACCGCGUCCCGCACCUCGGCCUGCGUCUGCAGCGGGUGGACAGCACCUUCAACCCCCGCGAUGAGAGUUACCAGGAGUCACUGCUGUUCCUGGGGCUGGUGGCCGCCGUCUGCUUGGGCCUGAACCUCAUCUUUCUCGUGGUUUACCUGGUCUGCAUGUGCUGCUGCAGGCGAGAUGACACGGUGCAGACCAAGCAGCGCAACUCCUGCUGUGUCACCUGGACGGCCGUGGUGGCUGGGCUCGUCUGCUGUGCUGCGGUGGGCAUUGGUUUCUAUGGAAACAGCGAGACCAAUGAUGGGGUGCACCAGCUGAUCUACUCCCUGGACAACGCGAACCACACCUUCUCUGGGAUCGACGCGCUGGUGUCCGGAACCACCCAGAAGAUGAAGGUAGACCUAGAGCAGCACCUGGACCGGCUCAGUGAGAUCUUUGCCACCCGGGGCGAUUACAUCCAGACACUGAAGUUCAUGCAGCAGCUGGCCAGCAACAUCAUUGCCCAGCUGUCAGGGGUGCCCGUGUGGAGGGAGCUCACAGCUCAGAUGACCGAGCUGGCUGACCAGACUGGCUACGUGGAGUACUACAGGUGGCUCUCCUACCUCCUGCUCUUCAUCCUGGACCUGGUCAUCUGCCUCAUUGCCUGCCUGGGACUGGCCAAGCGCUCCAGGUGUCUCCUGGCCUCGAUGCUGUGCUGUGGGAUGCUGGCCCUGCUCCUCAGCUGGACGUCCCUGGCCGCUGACACCGCUGCAGCAGUGGGCACCAGUGACUUCUGCGUGGCUCCUGACACCUUCAUCCUGAACAUCACAGAGGGCCAGCUCAGCACAGAGGUGACCCGUUACUACCUGUAUUGCAGCCAGAGCGUACGCAGCCCAUUCCAGCAGGCGCUGACCACCUUCCAGCGCUCGCUGACCACCAUGCAGAUCCAAGUCGUGGGACUGUUGCAGUUUGCCGUGCCCCUGUUCCCCACCGCAGAGAAAGACCUGCUCAGAAUCCAGCUCCUGUUGAACUCCACAGAAUCCAGCCUUCACCAGCUGACAGCCAUGUUGGAUUGCCGAGGGCUGCACAAGGACUACCUGGACGCCCUGGCUGGCGUCUGCUACGAUGGCGUUGAGGGCUUGCUCUACCUGGGCCUCUUCUCCCUCCUGGCCGCCCUGGCCUUCUCCACCAUGAUCUGCGCGGGGCCUCGGGCCUGGAAGCACUUCAUCACCAGGGGCAGAGACUAUGAGGACAUCGACGAUGAUGACCCCUUCAAUCCCCAGGCCCGGCGCAUCGCUGUCCAUAACCCACCUCGGGGGCAGCUGCCCAGCUUCUGCAGCUACAGCAGUGGCCUGGGCAGCCAGACCAGCCUGCAGCCCCCGACCCAGACCAUCUCCAACACCCCCGUCUCGGAGUACAUGAACCAAGCCGUGCUCUUUGGUGGAAACCCACGCUAUGAGAACAUGCCACUCAUCGGAAGAGGCUCCCCGCCUCCCACGGUACCCUGGGCUCCCGCAGCAGGGUGGGCAGCAGAGUUCUCGAGCCAGUACUCUCCCAGCAUGAGGGCCACCUACCUGUCCGUGGCUGACGAACACCUGUGGCCCUACAGGAAUGAGCUUCCCGCCUAACACACUUUUAGGCGUUCCUGCCUCCCUGAUCUAUUUUGGUUUUUAAUUAAUUCAAAUGAAACCUGCGUUUCCUUAGUAGAAACCAAAGGCACCUGGAGACUGCGUGCAGGACUGCAGGCCUGGAAGGCUCCUGCUGCCUGAGGACCGGCUGAGGUUCGGGGAGAAUCAGCCUGGGGUAGGCUGAGAUUCCUGACCAAACGCCUCAGGCAGACUGAAGACCCGCAACUGGGACCAGCCUUUGACUUCUGCCUCUGACUUCUCCACGCUAGAAACUCCCCCCAGGUGCUUGGCCAUCCCUAAGCUGGGAGCCUGGUUCAGCUCACCCCUACCUCCCACCAUGGCCGGGUCAGGCUUCAGGGUCCCCUUGCCAGGACUGUGCCUCCUGCUAGCACAGCCAGAAGCCCAGCUGACCGCUCUGUCAAAGUCACCUCUCCUGGCUGCACAGAUGGGUAGCAUUUCCCUGCAGGUUAAAGGUGGAAGGGCUGAUCAGGAAAUGCUUUUAAGGGAGGUGAUGUCCCUGCUGAGACCAGACACUGUCCAAGUCAGUCUCCUGGGGCCAGAUGGCCUCUUCCUGGGCCACAGAGGGAGGUGGAGAGCCCUGUGAGGGCGGUGGUUCCAGAGCCAGGGGACUGCAGCCUCGUGCCCGGCGGGCUCCUGCAGCGAGACCCACUGGGAAUGUGGGUGAAAACCUGCCACGUUCUGCCGGCCUUUUCUGCAACCCUCCUUACUGCAAACCUCCAUUCUAAAACCCAUGCUGUUUGUCCGCUGCAGAUAAGGACUGUCUCAGGUAUUAACAGACACUUGGAAAGCAACUUUAACUCUUUUUUUAUUUUUCCAGCCUUUUAAGUAUUUUGAUUAUCCAAAGAAUUGAAACUCAUAGCACAUCCAGUUUUUACAGUAGAAUUGGGGUUCAUUCCUUACACCUGAUUUGUAUCCUGUCCCUUUUCAGAAUUUGCUGACACGGGCCAGUUCUUUCGGGAUCUGUUUGAUGGGAAUGUGGGUUCAUCUCACUCCGAAGGGGGGGCCGUUAAGAGAGAAAAUAAGGGAAAACAACAUGAACAGAGCCCCAUUCCAGGGCAAUGGCUGAGUGCCCAGGGCAGCUAUCCCCUCCCUUUCGUCUUCAAGCAAGUUUGUCAGUAAAGCUUUAGCAAAGCUAAGAGGGACAACUGUGUCUUGAUGUGAAGACAGGCAUCUUCCCAACCUCCCCGCCACCCUGUCCUCAUCCUAUGGUCUCAGGCCGCUACCCUGUGCCUGCUGGGUGAGAAGGAGCUUGUUCACCAGGAAAAAAUCAUCACCCAUCCUUCUGCCCGCAGAGGGUCCAGGGCUAGGGUCUCUGGUGCUUCCAACGUCCUGCCAACUCGAGAUGCACAGCGCAGAAGCCCCCACAGCCUCUCACACCAAAGCAGGGACAUAGGGUGGCAUGGCUUGGGACAAAGGCUCCAUUUCCAUUUUGGAAGAACCACCUUUUCAUCUAAAACACUGACAGCAGAGGGAUUCUCGGCCCCCAGCCAAGCCCCUAUGACAGAACUGGGCCGCAGGACAACCUCUCCCCUGCAUUAACCUGUAUGUACCAUAAACACACCUUUGUAUGACCACGUCGUGUGCAGGUAACAACUCUGCGAUGUCAAGGUGUUGCUUCUUAACGUCUCAUUGUUGGCUACUAGAGAGUUGUUUUUAAUGCAUGUAAACUAAACUAGAACCCUCAGGUGGUUCCUGAAGGAGCCAGGUGGGCACACCUCUGCUUGGUACAGGUGCGCCCUCACCUGGAGGAACAAAUAAACAAUUGUACUAAGAUGUGC